AUGUCGUCAGUCCUGGCAACGGGGACAAGUUCCUUCGGGGAGCUUAGCAAGGGCUUCAUGGCGACUGCCAGAGCAGCGCUGCCCCUUCACGCCUCAGCCUGGGACGCCGUGAUGGAGCCCGUACAGAAGUUGCUCGAAACGAGCGACAGAGACCAUCAAGAGAUGCUCUCAAAGCUCUGGCUCCAGCAUACAUAUUCCCAGCUGAACGUGAUCUGCGUAACGAGUGCGCUUAUGGGGGGCGUGAUCGCCACGUCCUUUACCUGGCCGCUGCUCGAGCAGGUGAGCCAGGGAGACCAGAAAGUGAUCCUCGGCGUUUGGUACAGCGCUCUGCUUCUGGCCCUGGGCGCAAUCGCCACGGCUACCCAGCAGGCCGUCAGGAUCGCUCGGCUGAACACCUACCCAGACAGUGGGCAGAGGAUGCGGGACAUGCUGGGCACGCUACAAGGGACGCAAUGGCGGACGCGGAAACUGCAGCUCUUCGUGUGGCAGACGCCGGUGAUGCUGCAGAACGGGAGCAUCUACAUGUUUAUCGCGCGCCUCGUGGUGCUCAUCUGGAAGGCUGUGGCCGAUGAUUGUCGGUCGAGCAACUCAAGAUAUGUCGGAAAGGGAGGAACGACGAGGGCUAGACGCUAA